AUGGAGGCUGCCACGGCUCCCGAGGCCCAGGCCAGGAACAGCAGCACCGCCUCCGUGUCUUGUCGGUCGGAGCAAGUCGCGGCCGCCGACGAUGAGGUGCAGACGCUGUCGGGCAGCGUGAGGCGGGCUCCGUCCGGACCCCCCGGCGCCCCCGGCACCCCCAGCUGCGCAGCCGCUGCCAAGGACCCCGGCGCUCAGCAGCCCAAACCAGCCAGCUUGGGCCGCGGACGGGGGGCAGCUGCCGCCAUCCUCAGCUUGGGCAACGUGCUCAACUACCUGGACAGGUACACCGUGGCAGGCGUCCUUCUGGACAUCCAGCAGCACUUUGGGGUCAAGGACCGAGGCGCCGGCUUGCUGCAGUCAGGGCCUCCUUGCUGGGCCAGAGCCAGGCAGCCUGCCCCAGGACAGGUGCCUCCAGCCUCCUGGGCUCUGAGCACAAG